GGACAAUCGUGAUAAACGUACACAAGUAUGGCUGUAAAACGUAAUCGGACUUUCCUUGUGCAGUUUCAUACAAAAAAGGCUGAAGCGAAGACGUUGUCAUCUGCGGCGGUUAAAGCGGAGUUACAACGGAAAGUACAUAUACCUAACAAAAAGCAAUUUUUAAACACCAACAAAAUAUUACAUCCGAAAAACAUCAUAUCAUUUUGUGAAUUAUCAGUCUUAGUCCGACUGCGAUCAGACUUAAAAGGUUCAACCGUUAAAUGAUCACCAUUUGCCCUCGAUUGGACAAUGAAAGUUUUAAUACAUUACUGUACAAUCAAUCAAGUACGCAUAUUAAGACUCCCGGCUGCAGGUUUGCAGGAUGUUCCGAUAACAAAACUGUGUGUUUUCGUGAAAUAGAACUACGUUUCUCAAUUUUCAAUGGAAACUGUAAAAAUCAUUUUUUGACAUCUCUUUCUGGGGAAACAUGAUUUAAGCUGAAUGAAUUAUGCAUAAUAGUAUAAAGGCAGGCUUUCAAAACAGAAAUUGUCCAAGAGAUUUUAAAACCAAAAUGAUCGAUUUAGAUUUUUACUGUGACACUUUGAUUGAUUUUUACGGGGAGGAAUGGUGUGUAUUUGACAAAAGAAAGGAUGUCCACAUUCUCCGAGUGUCUGCCUUUCAUCGGAAGAGUGUUUUAAGCAAAGAGCAAGACUUGUAUCAACUGUGUCAAAAGUAAAAAAAAGUCAAAAUCGUGUCUUUGAAAUAAAAUGAUUAUGAAGUGUCGAAGAAUUCACACAAAGUUUAUAUUGCCUAUUGGAUUAUUUAUAGUUUUAUCUUUAGCGCUCAAUUUCAUUCCACAGGAUCGAAUCCUACACAAAAACGUGAUAAUCUUUCGUUUGCCACAUUUGAACUCAACGUUUUUUCCGAACCAGUCCACAACAGUUGUAACUCGGAGCAGUGAACCAGUCCACAUAUGGCAACAACAUCCGUACGAUGAUAGAAUAUUAAUGCAGGCCGAAUUCCGACCAAACGUGGAUUUCGAUAAUUUGCCUCCUAAACGCAUACUACUAGCGGCGGGUUUGGAUGGUUGGGGAGUAAAUGAGGGGAACCAUGCCUUUGUCGAACAUCAAUGUCCUGUGCAAAACUGCCGUCUCCAUGAAUACCCGCCGUAUAAGAAAAUUAUCGACGCAAGAAUAUUUAAAGAAAUGGAGAUAUACGAAGAUAUGUCCAAGGAUGCUAAGUCGGUCGUUCCGCGACACCCGAAUCAAAUCUGGAUCAUGUUUGGGCUGGAGAGUCCGGCGGCUAGUCCGAACUAUGCAAAUGUUCAUGACGUCAUCAACUGGACCGCAACCUACCGGUACGAUUCCACAAUAGUGACGCCAUACGACAAGUUUCAAACAUACGAAAAUUUUACGAAACUUUCUUACUAUAAACCAAUUAAAAACUUUGCAGCCUCCAAAAAGAAGAUGGCUGCUAUUUUUAUGUCCAAUUGCUACGCAGUUAACAACAGACUUGAUGUUGUGAAAGAACUUCAAAAAUUUAUAGAUGUUGAUAUUUAUGGACACUGUGGGACAUUAACUUGUGAGCGAGGAAAGGAAAAGAUGUGCUUUAAAAAACUCAAAGACGAGUACAAGUUCUAUUUGUCGUUUGAAAAUGCAAACUGUCGGGACUAUAUCACCGAAAAACUGUUCUUAAAUGCAUUACGGUAAUUCGAAAUGUAUAAUGUCCUCAAAUUUUUAUUAAUAAUUUCGAAGUACGGGGUAGGAACCAUACACACAGAUUCGCUCGUCUUUUUUCCAAUAACUAACAAAUUGCAUUUCUCUAACUUUUGCAUACAUUAUAUUUUUCUCGUUCACACUUCAGUAAGAUUUGAAGCAUCGAAAGAAAUACUGAUUUAUAAACUGAACAACGAUCAUACGCUUGUUUAUAGGUUCACUCACAAUUGUUUACAUUACCUUAUUAAAUAAUGGUUUUGAAGCAC